CUCCUUUCCCCCAGUAGCCCCCACCCCCUGUCUGCCGUAAAGCCGCCUGCGCAUUCGCGACAGUUAGAGGAGGCCUGCCCAUCGAGGCUGGGACUGGUCUCCGAUUGGCCUCACUCACUUCCCCCUCGGCUUCCCCGCUGUGGCCUCCGAGGCCCCGCCCCCGACGGAGGGACUCUGUGCUGUUGCUAAGAGACCUUGCACGCGAACGGGUCCAGUGCGCAUGCGGGAGGCGGAGACCCGUUUGCACUCUCCGUGAACUACGGUGCCCCGGAGGGGGCAGGCGUUCUAGCGAUGGCGAUGCCCGAACGCAGCGGCGUUGGCCAGGCGGCUGACAGGUAACCGGAGCAGCUGCUGAUCUCGACGGCGGGCGAGGCGACUGUGCAGACGGGCCCCGGACUUAAGGUUGGGGAGGCGGCCAGAGGCGAGAAGGCGCCCUGUACCGCCGCCGCUCCUCCGAGGCGAGAGCCGGGUCCUUCUGCGGGUCUGUCCGGUCCCACUAGCGACCAGACUGGGGACGGCUCGCCUGGCCUGGAAGGGGGGACUCUUUUGGGAAGGUGGUACCGGCUCAAGGACUUCCCUGCAAGGAUAGCGAUCCUCACGGAUUUCUAUGAGUAAAGGUUUUACUGAAGAAACAUCUUAGAAAUUCAUCUCACUCCCAACCUUCUUAUAUGAUACAUUUUGGAAAUCAAAAUGAAAGCUUUCUGUGAAGUUUUAGAACAGUUAUACAAGAAGGUACUUCUUGGAGCUUCACUUGAAAAUGACAGUCAUGAUUACAUCUUUUAUCUCAACCCAGCAUUUCCAGACCAAGAUUUCUCUACAAUGACUCCCCUAAAGUGGUCAAACACCCAAGGUGUCCAAGGCACUCAUCAGCCAUGCUCUGUCAAUUUGGCUCCCAUUUCUGUAGCACUGGCAUGUUUGAAGAGACCCUCUUGGAUGAGCAGUUCCCGAGAAAUAACGCUGCUUCAGUUAACAGUGAUCAAAAUGAUGAUAACCAGAAUAUUGUCUAUGGAAACUGAGUUCCAUACAAAGGAGAAAUACAGAGUUAUAAUUAAAAUUCUCUUAAAAUCAUCUGAAGUGGAUUCUAAAUUAACCUGUAUGUUCCAAAAUUCAGAUAAAUUGUUAUCUCACAUGGCUGCAGAGUGUCUUGCAUUGCUUCUGUAUUUCCAGCUGAGAGAAAAGAUAACAUUAAGCAAUUCCUGGAUUACUUUUUGCCAAAAAAAUCUUUCUGAAUACUCUGAAAGUAAUAAGGUAGUAUACUGCCUCCAGACUCUUACAGUUGUAAUAAAAGAAAUCUUUAAAGAUCCAUGCUCACAAAAAACAGAAAUUCUGAAGCAGUUCCUGAUGCCUUUUAAUACUACUUUUGAAGUAUUUUACAAUUCCUUAUUUUCUCAGCGUUUUGAAAACUGCCAAGAGACUUCUAAAAUAAUAAACAGCUUGGUGUGUUUCCUGGAGUUGCUUGAACUUCUUAUAGCUUCCAGAAUCUACCUCAAGUCCCAUUUCACUUGCCAGAGGAUUUUCUUUCUGGAACCUUCUUAUGUGCUAGACGUUCUUACCUGGCCUACCCCAGCUUUCGUCAAAAGGAAGUUGAUCGUGUUUGUUAAAAAGUGCCUUCUCUGUAAAGUGGGUGAAGACCUCUUCCGUGGAUGUGUUCCUGUCUUACUGCCACUAGAUCAUCUUCUAGAUGUGGACAUGUUGGCUGUAGCGAACACUGUUUUGCAAGCUGUGAGUUUAGGGUGGUUGAGGACAUUGUCUGUUCAUGGAAAACCUUCCAGCUUUGGAGGCGAUGACUUUGAGCCUGGAUGUGAAAGGAACUCUGGACCAGAUCAUGUAAUCCUUAGAGCAGCGACCUUAGUUUUAAUUAAAUCCUUAGAAAUCAAGUUUCAAAAUUGUACUUCAGCAAAUGAAAUUCAAGUUGGUUUACAGAGAUAUAUGUCCGAGUUACUGACCUUCUUAAAGCCUCACCUCCAGCCCUCUCUGCAAUCGCAUAGUCCAUGUGAGUGGCUGUCUAGGGUCUUCAUAGAACAGGACGAUGACAUGCUGGAGGCUGCCAAAGCGUUGCUGGGCAUCUACCUGAAGUUGACCAGAGAAUGUUGUGAAGCUACUGAAAGCUCGGCCCAAGAAAAAGAAAUACGGAAUCGCCACACACAUGAGAAUGGCUAUAAUCCUCAUUGUGUUUUCUUAUUCUUCUUAAAAAAUAUAGGAUUUGAUUCUACAGUUCUUCUGGAUUUUUUGAUUUCAUCAGAAACUUGUUUUCUUGAAUAUUUUGUUAGGUACUUAAAAUUACUACAGAAAGACUGGCAUGAUUUUUUUACCAUUUGUAAGUGCUUUGAUGCAGCUGAAUUAAAAGAUGGCAUAAGUCUUCGUGGUUGUAUCCCCUCACCUGUCCAAGACAGAAGCACCAGCCAAACAGAACCACAUUAUCGGUCUGCUCUUGGUAGUCACACAGAUGCCUAUGCUCAGAUCUCCUGGGCUUCCGAUGCUUCUUCCGAACCCCUUAAGAGGCAACAUGACUUCCAGGCCAUGAUGUCCAAGGAGACUCACUCCAGGCUUCAGGCUGCUAGUCUGUCUUCCUCCCCAGCUUCUCAAAGUUUGGUAAAUUAUGACAGCUCUGAUGAUUCUGAGGUGGAACUCACAGACCAGUGUUUAGCAAGCAGUAAGCAGACAUCUUUACACCAAGAAGCAAUUAAGAAGAUUCAGGACACAUCUGGAACAAGUAGGAGUGAGAAAGAGCUGACCCUAGGGCCUCAGCCAAGGCCUGUGGUUCCAAAAGAACCUAAUUCUUCCUUCUCCGUUGAUUGCCAAGUAGCCCUAAAUAGCACUGUCUCUCAAGUGGGGAUAUCUUAUAGAACAGUUAAAUGCUUUGAAGAGCUGCAAGGUGCCAUUGACCGUUUGCAGAAGAAAAAUCUUUUCCCAUAUAAUCCAACAGCACUUUUGAAGUUGCUAAAGCCUAUUGAGACACUAUGUAAGAGUAUGAGCCCUUUGUAAAACAGUAGCAUUUUAUUUCUAGGAACUGUUUUCCCUUAAUGUACAAUUUGCCUCAAUGAGGUCAUAGUUUAAAAAAAAAACAAAAACUCAAAGGGUUUUUUCUUUUUGCCUGCAAAAAGAUUCAUCAAACGACAAGUCACUUGAGAACAGGUAUAUACCACUUGAAAUUUAUGGUUGUUCAGACUUACACAGAGUUGGGAUGGUUAUUAUCUUCCCCUGAGGUAUUUAAAUGUGAUGUGUAAAAAAAGUUAAGAUCCUAGCUGUUUUUUUUUUUUUUUUUUAAGAGAGGUGAUUAGGUCUAUGUACAUGGUCUGUUCUAUGAACAUGGAGGCUAUUUUUUAAAUAAAUGUAAAUCACUAGGUGAUUUUUCUAUUUCGAUUUUUAUAUGAAUAAUUAUCUUCUUGAGGGGAGGCAGUAAACUCAAGUUUUGCUAUUUUUAUUGGGUUUGUGUAGUAUGGGCAGCAAUGGUGGUAUUCUGGUAAAUCUAUCAUUAAAGCACUCUGAAAUGCUGUCCUUGAAGUAUUUUUUUAAUUAUCCUUUUGUAGAGAAGUAAAAGAACUGAACCUGUCAAACUUUAAAAUAUGUUUUAAAGCUAUAGUAAUCAAAACAGUUUAAUACUCAAAUAGAGAAUUGCUAAUUAAAGUAACAGCGAAUGACAGAAGUUAAAACUUUUGGUAAUACACUGUUGGUAGAGAUUAUACAUUGGUGAUGUUUCUACCAUAAUUUAAGAAGCACAUAUUCCUUUAUGUAGAAUUCCACUUAGAGGAAUAUUCACAGAUGAGCACAAAGAAUGUAAAUUGGAAGACGUUCAGUGCCAAAAAACUAGAAAUAUGUGGUUAAGGCAAUGAUAAUCUGUUUACCCAGUGGAAUACUAUAUAGCUGUGAAAUGAACGAGGUGUAUCCACGUUUGUGGAUAUGAAACAAUCUUCAGUAAAAACAAAAGUGAAUAAUUGGACUCCCAUUUGUUUAAGAAAAGUGGGGGUGGGGGUGCACGGAAGAAAUGUAUACACAGGCUCACACAUUCAUAUACUUACAUAGGUGCUUUUUUUUCCUUUCUUUAUUGUAAAAGUAUAGAUAACAGUAUUUGCCAAUUCAGCAUCUUUCACAGGGACGAUUCAGCGACAUCAGUUAUAUCACAUUGUGUAAUACAUAUGCUGUUGUGUGUGCCUCAACUAUGUACAGAAGAAUAUUUAAGAAAUUCCUAUUUAGAAAUUACCUUAAGAGACAAGUCUGAAGAUCCGACUUUGCAUUUAUACAGUUCCCAGGGGGAUUGGUUCCAAGGCCUCUGCCCAUACCAAAAUCUGAGGAUGCUCAAGUCCCUUAUAGAAAAUGUCCUAUUUUCACAUAAUCUACCGCACAUCCUCCCUUAUAUCAUCUUUUAAAUCAUCUCUAGAUACUUAUAAUACCUAAUACAAAGUAAACAUUACAGUGCUUACACUUAACACUUAAUGCUUCCUCAGUCUUUGCAAGCACUGUGUCAGGAACCAGAGGGACCAUUUUGCCGCUGUAGGGGCAGCACUGACACUUAAAGGAAUUUCAGCUUCUUUCUGCUUUAUUGUCUGAUUGUGAGAUUCAUUCUUACGUAUCUUAUGGCCCACUUCGGCAAACAACGUGCCACUUUUCAAAAGAUCUAAGGUUUUAAUUUCCUCAUCAAAAGAUAGCACGUUAUGCCCUCCCUUAGCCUUUGAAGACUUGUUUUGACCACUUAAUUGCUUUUUAGGAGCCAUUUUUUCACAGAAACAAAAAGUGCACAAAACAUAAGUAGCGAACCAACGAGAUUCGAGGCUAACAAUGCUCAAACGAUGAGUGCUGGAGAGAGACAAGAUCUGUGAAAUGGUGGGAGGCUACAGCAGGGGUGCCCACACCUCUUCAUUCUCAGUGCACUCAGCGUACUGCUGGGCGCAACAAAUUCAAGUUAAUCCUCCUUGGCACUCUUUUUUCUCCGAAUAUUUUCCAUCCGUGGUUGUUUGAGUCCGCGGAUAGGGCACCAACCUAUAUGGAGGGCCGACUGUAUAUCCUUUUGUACUGUAUGUUUUUAACUGGGUACGUACGUUUUCUUAAUUAAAACAAUUUUAAGAAAAUAAAAGUUCUUUGUGUCCUUAAGGGUACAUGAAUUUUAACGCAUUAAAAUUCAUGCUUAUGCAGAUGUGCUUUUGAGCUGUGUUUCUCUAAAAUGAUAAUAAAGAACCUUCAGCCCCUUGUUAGAUCUGAAAAAAAAAAAGCAUUCUUACAUGUAUGCUAAGUGCUGGUAUUUCAGCACAUCUACAUAUAUAACUGACUCUUGAGUAUAAGCCAACUCAUCACACACCAAGCCCCUUGGUUGGUGAAGGUGAUUGACAUUGGCUUUGCAGUGACUGUCCUUGGCCUUUCAGAGUAUCCAAGGGCUGUUCUCAGAGUUGGGCAGAAAAGGAGCAUGUGACAAGUGACAUUUGCAUAGUGAGUUCCCAGUGUGUCCCCAACAGUCAUAACUACCCUUCUCCAAGUAAAAGUCCGUGUGACUCCAAGUGAGCAAAAUGUAUCGUGAAUCUAUUCUUUUUAACAUGGAAUUAUAACAGAUACAGAAAAACAUAAGUACACAGCUUGAUGAAUUUUCACAAACAACACAGCCGUAUGAUCAGUACCCAAACCAAGAAACCAUGUUAGUGGCAUCCCAGAAGUCCCCAUUGUGUCCCCUUGCAGUCCCUAUCCACCCCAAAGGUAACCUUAACCUGAUUUGAGACAGCAUAGAUUAGUUUGCUGGACUUUCUUUUACAUGAAUGGAAUAAUAGUGUGUAUUCUUACGGGCACUUCACUAAAGAAGACAUUCAGGUAGCUAACAGAUACAUGAGGAAAUGAUCACGAUCAUUAGCCGUUAGAGAAAUCCAAAUCAAAACUACAAUGAGAUUCCAUCUCCAAUAAGGCUGGCAUUAAUCCAAAAAACACAAAAUAAUAAAUGCUAGUAGGUUGUGGAGAAAACUGGAACACUUAUACACUGCUGGUGGAAAUGUAAAAUGGUACAACCACUUUGGAAAUUGAUUUGGCCCUUCCUUAAAAAAACAGAAAUAGAGCUACCAUAUUAUCCAGCAAUCCUACUCCUUGAAAUAUAUCCUAAAGAGAUAAGAGCCUUUACACGAACAGAUAUGUACACACCCAUGUUCAUUGCAGCACUGUUUGCAAUAGCAAAAAGAUGGAAGCAACCAAGGUGCCCAUCAAUGGAUGAAUGGAUAAAUAAAUUAUAGUAUAGUCACACAAUGGAAUGUUACGCAUUGAUAAAGAACAACGAUGAAUCCGUGAAAUAUUUUGUAACAUGGAGGAAUCUGGAAGGCAUUAUGCUGAGUGAAAUUAGCUGCAAAAGGACAAAAAUUGUAUGAGAUCACUAUCAUAAGAACUGGAGAAAUAGUUUAAACAGAGAAGAAAAUAUUCUUUGAUGGUUACGAGAGUGGGGAGAGAGGGAGGAAGAGGGGUUUUCACUAAUUAGAUAGUAGAUGAAAACUACUUUAGGUGAAGGGAAAGACAACACAAUGCAGGAGAGGUCAUCACAACUGGACUAAACCGAAAGCAAAGAAGUUUCCUGAAUAAACUGAAUGCUUCGAAGGCCAGUGUAGCAGGGUUGGGGAUUUGGGGACCAUGGUUUCAGGGGACAUCUAAGUCAAUUGGCAUAAUAAAAUCUACUAAGAAAACAUUCUGCAUCCCACUUUGGAGAGUGGUGUCUGGGGUCUUAAACACUAGGAAGCAGCCAUCUAAGAUGCACCAAUUGGUCUCAACCCACCUGAAGCAAAGGAGAAUGAAGAACACCAAAGGCAAAUGGUAAUUAUGAGCCCAAGAAAUAGAAAAAAACCCACUGCCAUUGAGUCAAUUCCAAGUCAUAGUGACCCUAUAGGACAGAGUAGAACUGCCCAAUAGAGUCUCCAAGGAGCGCCUGGCAGAUUUGAACUGCCGACCUCUUGGUUAGCAGCCGUAGCACUUAACCACUAUGCCACCAGGGUUUCCCAAGAGAUAGUAAGGGCCACAUAAUCCAGAGAGCACAUCAGCCUGAGACCAGAAGAACUAGAUGGUGCCCGGGUACAACUGAUGAGUGCCCUGACAGGGAACACAACA